AUGACUGGCAUCACACCGGACCUUAUGGAUCAAGGUCCAGAUCCAGACUUUCAUGUCUUCAUGGUCCUUGGAUUAGCAGGCCUCAAGGGCAACGGUAUUGAACAAACCGUCCAGAACCAACUUCAGGCGAUUGAUACUCACCUCUCCCAGCGAACUAGGAAGCCAAGCGCCCACCGUUGGAAAGUUUUGGGGAGCUAUUCAUCGGAUGCUGAGGGGCACAGCCAGCUCGAAAUCAGGAAAGUCUACUACGAGUGUAUACAAAAGCUGUAUUCAGAUAUCACCACCAAGCCAUCGGACCGUCGUCUGCUGCAAACAACCAAUCUUUUGCAAAACGAACUUGCGGUCGUCCAUGAUGUCGUCGAAACACAAGCCCGAGUGAUCCGAGGUCUUGCUUUCACAUCUCGGUCCGCGGAUUCCUGGGGGACUCGGACAAGAGUUUCAGGCCGUGACGGUGACUACGUAAAGCUGACGCAUGCCCCUGUUCGAGAUCAGAGACAGCAGUCGAGGAGAACAGAGUAUACCCAUAGAUAUCAGCAGAUUCUCGACGAACCACAAGACGCCUGGGUUGAGCGAUUAACGGUUCAGGGCAACCCAGAUCGUCCCAGUCACACCACCAAGUGGCAAUAUGGACUGAAAACGUGGUUCAUUAGGGAUAUCGAACGAAUAUCAUCGCGCGAUUCUCAACAAUACACACACUUGGUGGGAUAUGUCCGUGACUUGGGAGAAACCAUCGAGGCCGAGGUCAACGUCACCAAAGACCACCAAGAGCUAGCAAUCUAUGCCUUCACUAUCGUCACUAUCGUCUUCCUCCCGCUCUCUUCUGUAGCAUCUAUUUUUGGAAUGAACACGGCAGACAUCCGUGAGAUGGAAGUGGGUCAGUGGCUAUAUUGGGCUGUCGCACUUCCUGUUACAGCUUCGGUGAUCCUGCUUGGUCUCUGGUGGAUGGGAAAACUCGAUAGCAUCAACAAGCUAUCUGGGAGGUGGUCAAGCGUGAUGACAGUCAAGACCGGCACGGAGGGCUCUGAGGCUUCACACAACGACUUUCUCCCAUCGUCCAGGCAGUACAGGAUCUCGUCGCCGCCGCCAGAAUUAGAUGAUUUCAUAGUCGCAAAGCCAGGGCAGAUAAGCCGUGCAACAUACAGGGCCUCGGGAGCUACCGGUGUGGAGGCUGAGCAUCACCGAUACCGGCAGUCCACUGGGAAUUUCAGCAGACAGAGAAGUGGAUCUGUCCUGCAACGGGCAGCAGAGUCGAGUCGGACGAUGCCUCUUUGGAUUCCCUGA